AUGAGAAGAAACAAACGAAAAUGUAAAAAAAUAUCAACAUUAAAUGAAUUAUAUGAAUUGGAAUUUGUAAAAAAGGAAGAGAAAAAAUUAAAAAAAUUAAAUUUUUAUAACAAAAAAGAAAAUGAUUUAAUAAAUCAAAUAAACAUUAAUGACAAAAAAGAAAAUAAAGUCAAAGGAAUAUUAUUGAGAGAAUAUGAGAAAUUAAAGGAAUCUGAAAAACUACAGAAAUGUGAAGUCCCAGAAGAAAAAAAAAAAAAAACAUAUGAAGAAUUUUUAAAAAUUUUGAAACUUAAAAAAAAAGAAAUUUUAAAUUAUAAUUUAAGUAAUGAAAUAAAUAAUAUGGGAUGUUGUGUUUCUUCAGAUGAUAGUUCAGGAUUUAGUAAUAAAGAUGAAAAAAUUGAAAAAGAAAGUACUCAAGAAAAAAUAGAACGAGAACAAAAUGAAAAUGAAAAUUCAAAGGAUAAUAUCUUAAAAAAUAGUGAUGAAAUAUAUAUGUUCUCUUUAAUAAAAAAUAUUAAAAAUCAGAAUAAUUAUUUAAAAAUAAGUAAUGAAGAUAUUAACAAUAAUAAAGUUCAUAACAUUGAUAAAAUAGUAUAUAAUGAGAAUAACAACAUUAAUAUUUUCAAUAAUGAUAAUGAGAAUCUUGAUAGAAGCAGUAUCAAAUGUGGUAUAAAUUUCCUUAAAAGUUCAAUUGACAAUGGAAAUAACAUUAGUAAUAAAAUUAGAAAUAAUGUUAACAAUAUAAAUAGUUACAUUAUUAAUUCUUAUUGUAAUACUUAUAAUGUCAAUAGUAUUUAUAACAAUUAUAAUAAUGAAACAUAUAAAAUAUUUGAAAAUAAAAUGGAUUAUUAUUUUACCUUCUGUCAAAAUAUAGAUGAGAGAUUUAUUGAAGAAUUUUAUAAAAAAAAGUUAAAUAAAGUAACAAAAAAUGAUGAAGAACAUAAGAAUAAAAACAAGAGCAUUGAAGAUGUUUAUGUAUCUUCUAAUUUAUUUUUAGAAACUAAUAUUUUUAAAAAAAAAGAAAAUAGUGAAAACGAGUAUAGCAAACAAUUUUUCAGUAAUAUUGAAAUUAGGCCACAUUUUUUUUGCAAUUAUUUUGAAAAAAAUUAUAUAACUUAUUAUUUGAUGAAUAUUCUAGAUACUCAACCAAAAUGUGUUUUAGAUGAAGAAAAUUUUUAUAAUAUUGAUAAAAAUAUAAUUUUUAAUUUAAAAAGAUAUCUUUCCAAUUUUAAACAUCCCAUCUCCUAUUUUAACAAUCGUAUAUAUACAUAUAUAGAAGAUUAUUAUAAUAUUAAAAUAAGAAAAAUAAUGAAUAACGAAAAGGUGAAACAGGAGAAUAGAGAUGAAAAUCAAAUGAGUGAUAAUGUCGAAAUGAUGGAAGAAAAAAUAAAUGUAAAAGUAAAAAAAAAAAAAAAAGAAUUUUUUCGUGAUGUAUCUGGCAUUAUAGAAAAUGAAGAAUUAAAAAGUUACUUUCAUUAUAUUAAUUCGUAUGUAGAUAUUUUAUAUGCAAAUAAAAAUGUUUUGAAUAGCCAUUUUAUAAGAUUAUUAAAUAGCAUACAUAUUUUAAAUCAUUUAAAAAAAAAAAAGAAAAGAAGAAAAUUUAUAAAUAAAAAAAUAGAGAAUAUAGAAAAAGUUGAACAAAUAGAAAAGGAAAAUAUAGAAAUAAAAGAGGAAUUUUGUGAUGAAAGCCUUGCUAGACCGAAAAUUUUGAUUUUAUGUAGUUUCAGAUAUAUCACGAAAGAAUAUGUAGAUUUAAUUAGUAAUUUAUUAACACUUACUGAGAUAAAAAAUAAAAAUAAAUUUUUGAAUGAAUAUGAUAUUACAAAAGACGAAAAAAAAAAAAUGAAAGAAAUUUAUUCGAAAAAAAAAAAAACUCUUGAUUAUAUAAAUUUGUAUAGAGGUAACAACGAUGAUUGUUUUAGAUGUGGAAUAAAAUUAUUAGAAAAUGAGAAAAAAAUUCAAUUAUAUAGUCCAUUUUAUGAUAGUGAUAUCUUAAUAUGUUCUCCUCUUGGUUUAGAUAUUAUUAUUAAAGAAAGUAAAGGGGAAGAGGAAACUGAUAUAGAAAAUGAAAGUUCUGAUAAUUAUGAAUUAGAUGAGAAUAUUUCAGAAAAAAACAAAAAUAAAAAAUCACAAAAACCAAAAAAGAAAAAUAAUAAUAGUAAAAAAAAGUUAUAUGAAUAUGAUUUUUUAUCAGCUAUUGAAAUUCUGAUAAUAGAUCAAGUAGAUACAAUAUUAAUGCAGAACUUCUUAAUAUUGAAAAAUGUAUUAAAUUUUAUAAAUAAACCACUUUUAAGAUGGGGAAACGCUAAUAUUAAUAGAAUACCUAAAUAUAUAAUAAAUGGUUUUUUAAAAAAUUAUAGACAAACAAUAAUAUCUUCUAGUUUUUUAGAUACAAAUUUUAUUUCCUUAAUUCAAUCAGCAAAUAAUUAUAGAACAUAUUUAAAAUUAUUCAUAAAAAGUGGAGAUGAUAUUUUAAUGCACAUAAGAGAUUUUAAUAUAAAUCAAUAUUUUAAGAAAAUUGAAUGUGAUAAUAUUCUAAAAAUAGAAGAUAACAUAUUAGAUUUCUUCACAACAAAUGUAAUUGAUAUUCUAUCAGGUAUAAAACAACUUAUAAUCUUUUUACCAACAUAUAUAGAAUACAUAAGAAUGUAUGAAAUAUUAAAAAAAAAUGAUAUUACUUUUAAAGGUGUUAAUGAAUACACUAGUGAAAAAAAACGUAUAAAAAUUCUGAAAUUAUUUAAAUUUAGAAGAAUUAAUAUUUUAUUAAUUACUGGUCGUUUAAUUUUUUAUGAAAGAUGUACUUUUAAAGGAGCAAAUCAUAUUAUUUUUUUUUCUCCACCCAAAUUUCUUUUUAUGUAUUACGAAUUAAUUAAAGAUUUAAAUAAAAAUUCUAAUUCCUCUUCUUUGUGUUAUUAUACUAAAUAUCACACAUACGAAUUAGAAAGAAUAGUUGGACAUAAAAGAGCUUUACAAUUAAUAAAAGAAAAUAACGGAAAAAUUACUUUAUUUAAAUAA